AUGCCACAACAGCCUUCUGAGCAACCCUUUGAUCUGAAUUCUGUCAUGCGGAUUUCCCAUGCACGGUCUCUAUCUCACACAUUUGAGUCCUUACCUCCAUUAAGCCCAUUUUGUCAGCCCAAGCCAUCGUCACCAUCAGACCUGAAUUUGAAUGAUGUCUCCAUGGAGGAAGUAGCUGGUAGUUCUCAACACCCACAUCUUUCUUCAUCUAUUCCAAGGACAAAUGUGUUUUGGAGCAGUCAGAGCCUUCCCCCAAGAAAAGGGCAUCGACGUGCUAACAGUGACGUUCCUCUAGAAUUUUCUACGGUCAUUCUAUCUUCACCUCAAUUGAUACCCAUUAUUGAUAAGGGAUUUUUGGGUCGAUCAGCACAUGUGGGAGACAACAUAGAAAAUGAUAAGCCAAUUCAUCUGGUGAAACAGGAAUUAGAUAUUGAUAAGAAUGUUAAUAGCAAUGCAAAAAGGAUGAAUGAGAAAAAGUCAGAGGAAGAAGCUACAGAUAACUUGUUCAGUGCAAAAAUGAAAUUGGACAAGAUUGACACAUUGAACUCCUCUGGCACCAUGUUGAAUGCUGGUGGCAGCAGCGAUAGUGAAGUCGAAAGCAGCGCAAAGGAAAACACUAGCAACACGUAUGGAUCUGGUUCAAAUUUUUCUACUUCCAAGAGGGAAGGUGUCAAAAGAAGUGUGGGUGGAGAUAUUGCUCCCACUGGUCAGCAUUUUAGGAGUGUCUCAAUGGAUAAUUUUAUUGGAAAACUGCAUUUUGGUGAUGACCCACCAAAGUUACCACCUUCUCUUGGAAAUCAGGUGGGUCAACUCUUGCCAAGCAAUUCACUGAACGAGAACUCAGCUAAGUUUAGCUUGGAGUUUGGAAAUGGUGAAUUUAGUGAAGCCGAGCUGAAGAAGAUCAUGAAAGAUGAGAAACUAGGUGAUAUUGCAUCAUCAGACCCCAAACGUGCCAAGAGGAUAUUGGCCAAUCGCCAGUCUGCUGCUCGUUCCAAGGAGCGAAAGACGCAAUACAUAUCAGAAUUGGAACACAAGGUGCAAAUGCUGGAAACAGAGGCUACUGCAUUGUCGACUCAGCUAACCGUUUUAAAGCAAGAUUAUUCCUGCCUUAAGAGUCUGAACUAUGAGUUGAAACACCGUUUUCAAGCCAUGGAGCAACAAGCACAGCUCAGAGAGGGUAUUUACAUUGCUUCUAAAAACAGGCUUGUGAUGGAAUAUGGUCUGGUUGUUGAAACUGAUGAUUACAUCCGAACCACUUCUUCAUAUGCAUCCUCUGGGUUUGGAGUCUUGGACAUUGAAAACCAGCUUGGUCUGGUCUGGAUUGGCCAGGCUUCCCGCUCUAACCUUACAACUCUAGCAUCAGCAUUGCAUGAGACAUUAGUUGCGGAAGUUGAGCGAUUAAAGCUUGCAACUGCAGAGCUCGGGGAAGAGGCUAGGCCUUCGAAUUGUAUGGCGCAACAGCUCUCCAUGAAGCAUCAAAUGAUUCACAUGCAGCCCCUCCCAACAUCCUCAACAACACCAAAAUGGUGA